AUGCCUGUCAGCAGUGAUAGGAACACGGAGGAGGAGGAGGAGGAUGAAGAUGUAAGAACAACGGCUGACGAAGAGGGGCGUGAACAGGUUGCUGCAUUCGCAUUGCAGUGUUUCAACAUUCCAUAUAAAUUGCAAUCUUCUCCGGAUGCCAAGCCUGGAGCCAGACUCGUGGGUUCUCACACAACAACACAUUUCACUUCUGGCGAAAUUGCCGCGUCUGCGAAUGGAAGGGAGGUUGCAGCCUACAAGGCGUGGCGUUGUUGUAUUUGA